CUACGAGCAUCCCAGGUGAUGCUACGGGUAUCCCAGGUGAUGCUACUAGCAUCCCAGGUGAUGCUACGAGCGUCGGACGUGGUGACCGGAGCAUCCCACUUGAUGCUAGUAGCAUCGCACGUGAUGCUAGUAACAUCCCACGUGAUGCUAGUAGCAUUCCACGUGAUGCUAGUAGCAUUCCACGUGAUGCGGGUAGCAUCCUACGUGAUGCUAGUAGCAUCCCACGUGAUGUUACUGGCAUCCUAGGUGAUGCUACCAGCAUCCCAGGUGAUGCUACUAGCAUCCCAGCUCAUGCCUCUAGCAUCACAGUUGGUUCCUUUGGUUAUGUUGGAAAUGAAAUGUCUGAAAAAGCUUUGGAUUUAUUUGAAAAGAUCGAUUUAAAAUUAGAUGAUGUAACUUAUGUAAUUGUUUUUAAUGCAUGUGCUAAACUCGCUAAUGAUCAAGCAAUGAAAAUUGGAAAAAAACUUCUUGAUGAGAUGCCUAAUAAUUAUCGAAAUAAUAAUAUUGUAUUAAAUGCAGCAAUGGAUAUGUUAAUGAAAUUUGGUGAUGUUCAAAGUGCUGAACGUAUAUUUGAUUCAAUCAAGAAGAAAAAUAUUAUUAGUUAUGGUGCUCUAAUGAAUGGUUACAACAUCAAUAGUAAACCAUGGAAAUGCUUUAAAAUUUUGGAAGAAAUGAAACAAGAAGGUGUUGUUCUGAAUGAACAUACAUGUAAUAUACUUAUUGGUACAUGUUCAAAAAUUGGUAUGAUUCGACAAUGUCAGUACAUUAUUGAUCAAAUUCCUUUGCAUAUUCAAAAUCUGAAACAAAUACAAACCUCAUUGAUUAAUAUGUGGAGUAAAUGUGGUUCUAUUGAAAUGGCACAAAAUAUAUUUAAAUCAGUUCACGAUCAGGAUAUAAUGAUAUACAAUGCAAUGAUUAGUGGAUUUGGACUUAAUGGAAUGGGUCUUGAAGCUGUUGAAUUAUAUAGAAAAAUGCCGAAUGAAUUGCAAAAUGAAGUUACACAUAUUUGUGUAUUAAAUGCAUGUUCUCAUUCAGGUCUUCUUGAUGAAGCUCGAAAUAUCUUCAAUGAAAUUCCUUUCAAAACAGAAAAAAUCGUAACUGCUAUGACUGAUUGUUUAAGUCGUUUGUUUUUAUUUGAUGAAGCAGAAAAGUUGAUAGAUGAAUAUGAAAAGACAAAUUCACCAAGUUUUAUCAUGUAUAUGUGUUUAUUAUCUGGUGUACGUAAUAAUCGGAAUAAAAAAUUAUCUGAAAAGAUAUAUAAUCGAAUGAAAUCUUUAUUUCCUGAUGAAAAAGAAGGUCUUACAUCAGGUACAAUCCUUGUAUCAAACAUAUAUUCAUCUGUUGGUGAAUAUCAACAAGCAAAAGAAUUUCGAUCUAAUCAAAUGAAAGAAUUAAGAAAGAAAGUCAAAUCAGGAUUAUCAUGGACUGAUGGAAGUGGUGAAAUUGUGGCAUUUUCAGCUAAUGAUAAUUUUCAUCCUCAAUUAGCCGAAAUUCAUGCUGAAGUUAAUCGAAUGACAUCUGAAGUGAUAAAACUUGGUUACAAGUGCGAUUCUUCCUGGGUUACUCGUGAACUACAGGAAGAAGAAACAAUUGAAUCAGCUUUAGGUGGUCAUAGUGAAAGAUUGGCUUUAGCCUUUAAUUUUAUUCAACGACCUGUUCCAGAUUUUAUUCAAAUUGCCAAUAAUCUUCGUAUUUGUGGUGAUUGUCAUGGUGGUCUUCAUUGUCGACUUGUUGUUCUACCACUUAUUGAAAAAUAUUUUCAAGCACAUAGAAAUUGUUUUAUUAUACCACCAUUAUUAAAAACUGGUGUUAAUUAUGCAUCAGUUGAAGAAGAAGAAAUGAAUUGUAGUUUAUUUUGUAAAUUAGCGUUGUUAUUUCGACAAAGAUUUAGUGCAUUUGGAAGUGAUGUUAGUAUAACUGUUCGUUGUUUAAAAGUACUUGUUCAUGCUAUUGAUGUUGGUUCAGUAAUGAAAAAUAGUCAAGAAAUGGUUCGUGCUUCAUUAUUACUAUUAUUUAAUAAUAUUGCUGAAGAUCUUAAUCAAACUGUACAAAAUCUUGAACAAAAACAUGAUAGUAAUAUAAAAGGAACAUUACAACGUGGAACAACUAGUCUAGCUUAUAUAUACAUGGUUCUUUUAUCUCUACGAUCAUCAUUACUUGAUCAUUUAGGAAAGAAUAAUUAUGGUGUAGAUGUAUUCGAAUGGAUUAUUGAAGAAUUGAAUCAUCAUCUUCCAUUACUUGGUGAUUGUCUAAUACAAAAUAAUAAAAAUGCAUCAAAUGUUUCACCAUUAUCACCAGAAGCUCAUGAUGUUAUGACAAAGAUUUCAAGAACAAUUCCUAGUUUAACAAAUUUAAUAGCAGAUAUCGAAGAACAUGCUGAAUCAAGAGUAAAAUAUGAAAAGGCUCCUUAUGUUGUUGAAGUUAUUCUUCCAUGUCUUUGUUCUUAUUUAUCAUAUUGGUGGUCAAUGGGACCAGAAAAAGUUAAACAAAUAACUGAACCACAGAUAACAAAUGUUACAUCAAAUCACAUGAAUUCUGUAUUAGGUAAUGUUUUGAAAUUAAUUAAUAACAAUAUUGAUGCUAUGGAAGCUCCAUGGAUGAAACGUAUUGCAGGUAAAAUAUUAUUUUCUAGAGAUGAAUAA